GGUGAGCGAUGACCAAUGCAGAUUCAAAAUGGCGGAGCAAGCCGGGUUCUAGAGGGUUUCGGCUCGCUUUUAGUCAGCACUGACAGACCCAUCUUAUACAACGAUUUGUGGAAUUCAAGUUCGUUUCUCACAAAGACCUCAGUUUUUUCAGUUGUUAGGUGUUCAAGAAUGUCAAUGUAUGACAAACUGGCUUGAAAAUUUACAGUUACUUCAUCUGCUGCUCUAAUCGAGCAGACGCCUGGCCAAGCGAAAUUGGAAGUAUAAUGCACUGAAAUGGCACUUCGUUUGAUCGAUUUCACUAGAAAAGCGUCAUCGAAACGCCUUUUAUUUGAGAGGAAGAUUUUGACAAGCAAUCACUUCAGCGCUGUAGCUGCUUUCAAUGGAUGUGGUUGUUUAGACGUCAAAAAACGGUCCAACUUGAAGCAUGAUUUUAGAAAUGACUUUAUUUUCACGCGGCUUAAAAGUAUCGACGCAAAAACAAAUGGUCUCGGAGUACCAGUUAGUAAAACGCAGGAGCAACUCUCUGAUGCAGAGAAAAGGCUUUUACAUAGCAAUCCUGCUGGUAUUACUAACUCAACAAUGAAGAACCAACUAAAUGCACUACCAAUCAUCAAAACAAUGGUUGGAUAUGUUUGGCCAUCUGACAAGCCAGCUUUAAAAGUUAGAGUUGUAGCUGCACUGUCUCUUUUACUUGGUGCAAAGCUGCUGAAUGUCCAAGUACCAUUUUUAUUCAAAUAUGCUGUUGAUUACCUCAACAAUGCACCUCUUGUCAUAUCUGAUGCAGAGACUGCAGCUGUUAGCAUGGCCACCAUCUUGCUUCUUGGUUAUGGCACAGCAAGAGCAGGAUCAUCUUUAUUCAAUGAACUAAGGAAUGCUGUCUUUGCUAAGGUCGCCCAGCACUCAAUUCGAAAAAUGGCAAUGACUACUUUUUUACAUCUACAUUCAUUGGAUUUGAGCUAUCAUUUAAGUAGAAAGACUGGGAUGCUUUCAAAGGCCAUUGACAGAGGAACAAGGGGUAUCAGCUUCUUCCUCAGUGCCCUUGUGUUCAACAUUGCACCAACAAUCUUUGAAGUCAGCCUUGUCAGUGGAAUAUUGGCUUGGAAAUGUGGCUUCCCUUUUGCAGUCACUAGCAUCAGUUGCAUUGCAGCAUACGCUGCAUUUACACUAUUGUUCACCCAAUGGAGAACAAAGUUUCGUAUUCAAAUGAACAAAGCUGAUAACGAGGCUGGAACAAAGGCAAUCGACUCACUGAUUAACUACGAAACAGUCAAGUAUUUCAACAACGAAUCUUUCGAAGCUGCUCAAUAUGGCAAAUUGCUAAAGAAUUACAAUGAAGCCUCUUUGAAGACAACCACAAGUUUGGCUGCGCUCAAUUUUGGUCAAAAUGUCAUUUUUUCGACAGCAUUGACGGGGAUCAUGCUUCUCGCAAGCCAAGGCAUUAUGAAAGGGACAAUGACUGUGGGUGAUUUGGUGAUGGUGAAUGGACUUCUGUUCCAGCUGUCAGUACCACUGAAUUUCUUAGGCUCUGUUUAUCGUGAUCUGAGACAGGCAUUAGUCGAUAUGCAGACUAUGUUCGAUCUCUUGAGCAUCAAAAGCGCAAUCAAGGUAAAAGAAAACUCGUUUCCUUUGGUUCUUGACCCAAAACCUGUGAAUCCCCUUGUGGUUUUUGACAACGUUAAGUUUGGUUAUUUACCAGAUCGAAAAAUUUUGAAUGGUAUGAAUCUUGAGAUCAGGGGUGGCUGUAAAACUGCUAUUGUUGGCGGGAGUGGCUCUGGAAAAUCUACGAUUGUGAGACUAUUGUACCGAUUUUACGAUCCUGAUGAAGGGAGAAUAUUGAUUGCUGGAAAUGACAUCAGAGAUGUUACCCUGGAAAGCCUUCGCAAGAAUAUUGGCAUUGUCCCACAGGACCAAGUGCUGUUCCAUGACACUAUUUAUUACAACAUAUUGUAUGGACGUACUUCGGCUACUGCAAAUGAAGUGUUUGAAGCGGCCAAGAUGGCGGAUAUGCAUUCAGCAAUUCUGGCAAUGCCAAGAGGCUACGAGACUCAAGUUGGAGAAAGAGGCCUGAAGCUAUCUGGAGGCGAGAAGCAGAGGGUUGCUAUUUCCCGAGCUAUUUUGAAAAACGCUCCCCUACUUGUUUAUGAUGAAGCCACUUCUUCGCUGGAUUCUAUCACCGAAAAGAAUAUUCUUUCUUCAUUGUCGUCGAUCACGAAAAACAAAACAUCAAUCUUCAUUGCGCAUCGUCUGUCCACUGUGGUGGAUGCGGAGGAGAUAAUUGUGCUGGAAGAAGGCAAAGUAAGGGAGCGUGGAAAUCACCAUACCCUUUUAAAAGACACGAACACUAUGUAUUCCUACCUAUGGAGCAAACAGCACGAGCCCCAGAUCCCCUUAGAAAAACUGGAGGAACAAAUCAGCGAAAACGAGGCAAAGACCAAAUAUGAUUUCCCUGUACCCGAGGCUAUGAGUACUUGAGUAUGUUUGCAAAGAUUGUUAUUUCUAAUCCUCCAGAUUGUUUGUAAAUUAAAUUGGUGAAGGCUUGUGAUUUAUUCUUUUAAAA